CGCGCUACAAGACGCUGAUGUUCUCGUUGUCUCAGCAGCUCAAGGCCAAGCUGGACUUCUUCCGCAGCAGCAUCCAGUACGACCUGGAGAAGUACCGCGACCAGAUGCAGUAUGGGAUAUCCUCUGAGAAGAUGCUGAGAGCCUGGCAAGACAACGAGGAGAAGGCAGCAGCCUUUGCCCAGGUGGCGGAGGUGGGGCAUCUGGACGAGGAGAUCAUGGCGCUGCACUCGGAGAUCGUGGAGCUGCAGCGGAGUCCUUACGCCCGUCGUCAAGGCGACAUCAUGGAACAGCUAGCAGAGAAGGCUAUCGAGCUCUACAAGCAGCUGAAGGCCAAGUGCAAAAUGCCUGACCCCCAGCACGGCUACAGCGACAGCUCCGAGAUGGUGAAGGUCAUCGUGCAGACCGUCCAGAACCAGGACAAGGUGCUCCGAGACCUCUACUGCCACCUCAGUAAGAUCCUCCUCAGUAAGCAGAAGAUCAUCGACUUGUUCCCCAAGAUCGAGCGCACGCUGGAGAGCAUCAAGGAGGCCGACUGCACCGUCAUGCAGAUGCAGCUGAAGAGACAGAGAGAGUUCUGGCACCUGCUCAAGAUCGCCUGCGCCCAGAACACCAGUCGUAGUUCUCUGUCUGGUGGGGGGGACGUGAGCAGCUCCCUGAACUGGAGCUCCGCCCAGCAGCACCAGCCCCCCUCAGGCCACGCCUCCUCCCCCUCAGGCCACGCCUCCUCCCCCUCAGGCCACGCCUCCUCCCCCUCAGGCCCCGCCUCCAGCUCUCCACACCUGCUGCGCUCACUACCUGGACCCCAAGAUGGUGAGUCUGUCCAGAACCUGCUGGAGGAAAAUCAGAAGUACCUGAGCCAACUGACCAGCCUCUUACAGGAGACCACUGACCACAAGACUGAGAGCAUCAUGGAGCAGGACUGGAGCUGGACGAGAUACGAGUCUCUGGUGCCCAAGCAGCACGUCUAGAGCCCCCGGCUGCUGCAGGAGCGCGUGUCGGUUCUGAUCCGUUUCCUGCGUCUCCGUCCCGCUCUGCGUUGGGCACUUGGGCCCGUGAGGCUGCUGCUUGGGCCCGUUAGAGCCGGACCACGGGCCUCUUGUAACGUCACCUCUGAAACACACGUAUAAGUACAUAUACACACACAUCUAUACAUAUGCAUAUUUAUUACCAGUGACGCUCUGGUCUGUCUAAGUGUUCAGCUGCGGGCAGGUGGGUGGAAUGUUGGGUGGCGUGAAUUCUGAGUAAUUGUGUCACAGGGGUUAAGCUCUCUGAUUGGACGGUGGAUGUAAAAGCUCUUCUCUGAUUGGACAGUGGAUGUGCACUUGAAGUGUGUUUGUUCUGGACGCAGCUAACGGCAGACGUCUGUAUGUGGUGAAGAGCGUAGCUGCACCGGAGGAAGCUGAUUGGGUGGAGGAAUGGUUUUACUGCAACACAAGAAGCUGAUUGGGUGGAGGAAUGGUUUUACUGCAACACAAGAAGCUGAUUGGGUAGAGGAAUGGUUUUACUGCCUGGACAUUUGAAGAAAGUGUGUUAUUACCGUACGUUGAACAACUGAAUCUUGUCUGACUCUCUUCUCCUGUAUUCAUUACGUGACUUUGUGAAAUAAAAAACUCCUACACCUGUA